AUGAGUUGGUUUAAGCGUAAUAAAGGAUUUGAAAAAAUUGACGAUCUUGAUUUGUCUGCGUGUUUUGAUAGUUUCAAUAAACAUUGGCAACAAACCUUUGAAAUUAUUGAUCGAUUUCAAGUAAGUAAAUAAUAAUUGUUUUAUAAUUUUUAAUUGAUAUUCAUUUCUUGUAAGUUGAUUUUGAAUAAUAAAAGUUGAUAAUUAGCUUAUCAGUAAUUAUAAAACAACUAUAUAAAUAUAAGUUAUAUUAAACCAAAAAUUAUAUCUAAAAACUUUAUUCUCAAAACAAAAGUUACUUAUUUCUAAUAAGUAAUGUAUGUUAAUAAUUGUAUUCAUAACUUUUUCAAAAUAUGUAGCUAUUAAUAUAAAACAAUUUAUUCCCACCUAAUUUGCUUCAGUAAUAAUGAUUAGUAAACCUAUAAAUCAUCAAUUAAUUUCACUGAUUAAUGUUAUUAAAGUUUUUAAAAUAUGAUAUAAUAAAAUAAAUACAUACUUCCUUAAAGUAAAAUAUUGAGAUUCUUAUUAGCAUCAUAUUUUACCUAACACUAUAGACUAGGCUCUCUAAUUUUACCUAUUUCACAUAUUACGUCAUAAACUCUUUUUGGAGAUCAUAAAUACCUAUGUUUAAAGAUUAUAACAAUCAAACAUGAUUACAUGAAUUAACUAUAACAAUAUGACACCUGUUAGAUAAUCUCAUAUUAAAUUUCUACAUUUUAUAAUAUUUAGAAUUGUUGCAUUUAAUUAAGUUUUGGCUUAAUAUAAAAUUAAAUAGUUAAAUAAUACAAUAAGGUUAUAGUAAUAAUAAUUUUUCAGACUUCAAAGAGUAUUAUCAAAUAUGAUGAUAUUGUGGCCGUUAUAAAUCAUUUAAAUCAAUUAAUAAAACUAUUGUUACUCGAUGUACAAUCAGCAAAAUCUACUAAUCAAUCACGUUGUCUUGAAUACUUUUUAAAGAACCAGUUAUUAGGAAAACUAUAUUCAUGGAGUUUAAAAACAGAUCGGUAAGUACAUUAUUUAAUGUUUCCAUAAAUAUAUUAUUAUAACUUCAGUGUUUGUUCCAGUGUACCACAGGGCUCUCACUUGGGUCUUCUUGUUUAUUUAUUUAUUUAGAUUUACCUACUGUUCUUGAUUUUUUUAUUAAUUAAUUAUUAAUUACCAAUGCUGUUUUAAUAUUUUUUCCUAUCUAAUCUCUCUCCGACAGUCAAAUUUGAACAAGAUUGUUAUCUCAAGUAAACAAAAUUGCUUACUAUUAAAUAUAAAUAAAUGUAUUUUCAUCACUUUCACUCGUCUUAUAAUCCUAUACAUUACAAUUAUUCAAUCGAUCAGACUUUGCUAUUGAGAGUCAAUUCUAUCAGGAAUUUAGGAAUUUUACUUAAAUGAAAUAUGUCUUUCACAUUGCAUAUAAUUUUUUUUACUAAUACACUUUCAAAAUGUUAGGUUUUAUUUAGAAUUUGGCUCCAUAGUUUGGUUACCUAAUUAUUCUCUUUAUAUUAAUCAUUUAGAAUAUGUAUAGUAUACAUUUCUAAAAUUAAUUUAUUUGUUAUAAAUUAAAUUUAUCUAUUGACCGUAACUUAUAUUACCUACAGUCAACAAAUUUGGAGAAGUCUUAAAUAAAUUAAGAAGAAAAGUUGUAAAUUUGAUGUUCUUAUUUGAUUUACUUAAUGGUAAUAUAGACUCCCCCAAGUUACUUUCUACGAUUGGUUAUAGCUUUAAUAAUCAUAGCACUAGGUCAAAACAUUUAUUCUUCGUUCCAUUUUGUAAUAAUAACUAUAGUUCCACAGUUUUCAGUUUUUCCAAGAGUUCUUGCUUCAGUUAAUAAUAUUAUUAUUUACAUUGAUUUCUAUUCUAUGUCACAUCAUGUUUUUAAGAAAAUAGCUUUAAGAUCUCGUGUAAAUUUUUUGUAACAUUUAUUUUUAUUUUACUUUCAUAUCUUAUUAUUUUAAUUAAUAUUUCUAUUUUUUAUAAUGUAUGUGUUAUCUAUGCUAUCUGUUUCUUAUUUAAUUUUUUAUGAAAUUAUUAUCACCGCUGUACUGUUGUUCUAAGGGGUUUUGACCAUUUAUAAAUUAAAUAAAAUAUAAUAAUUUUAUAGGUGAAUGUGUUAAUUGAUUAAUUUUUUUGUAUAUUUUCAGAUACAGUAAUUAUUUAAAAUUGGAACAAUUAAAAGUUUAUGGAGUUCUUCUAUCAGAGUUCCGUGGCCAUCAAUUGCUUUCUGAUGAUUCCAUACUAAAUCCUUUAUUAUUAAUAUUAAAUUCAUACGAUGGUGAUUGCUUAUCUGUGGAAAUUGAAAAACACUUAGUUACAGUUCUAAGACAAUUUUGUGUGGUUCUUUCUCACCAUUCAAAUAUAUUAAGCAAUGUUUUAAAAAAGAAUAUUAAGAAUUCAAAGUAAUCAUGCUUCUUUUCAUUGUAUUUAUCUUGAAACUUUAUUUACUAUACAUGGUUUUUAGAUGUAUUAUAUUGUCAUUGUUAAUGGCAUUUAUACACCGUGAAGGAUCUAUUGGUGAAGAAGCCCGAGAUGCCCUUUUAAUAUUUAUGUCAUUAUCUCGUCAAAACGAUGUACUUGCCAACAUUAUAAUUUCUAAAUCAAAUGUGAGUCCUGUAUUGGCAACUGGUUUAAGCGGCCUGUAUUCAGUGUUACCUCGAAAGUUAGAUUUUGAAAAUGACUGCUACAGACUGAGUCCAGAAAAUAUAGAAGAUGUACCAGAACUAAAUAAUUUUUUAGCGUCUGUAGAAUUGUGUAAUGCUGUUGCUAAAAUAUGUCAUAAAUCUGUAUACGAUCAACUUUUGGAUUACUUAUACCAUGGGUUCCUUCUACCUGUGGUUGGUCCAGCAUUGAUGCAGGUAAAAAAUAUUAGUACAUUUUUUUAAAUAUCUGAUUAUUAUUUAAUUGAAUUAUAAAAUGAAUAUAGUUUUUUGAAUUACAAGUAUAUUAUUUUUAGAUUGAAUAGUAGUAAUACUAAUAAGGUAUACAAUAAUAUUAUAUAUACAUGUUUAAAUAUGUAGUGUAAUUUUAUGAUGAUGGAUGAGUUAUUAUUAUUAUUAUUAUUUAGUCUUUUCCUUAAGUACAUAAUUUUUUAGUAUGUCUAUCAAAUUUAAAAUUCAUUCAAAUUGUAAAGUAUUUAAGUUUUAUUUUAUAAUUAAUAGUUUCACAAUUCCUAUUAUCUACAACAACAGUUCUUAAACUGUGGUCAGCGUACCACUGGUGGUACGUAGUGGCAACAUGAUGAUACACAGAAGUUCGAGUAAUAGUAGUUCAGAAAAUUAAUUAAUACAUAUCUAUACAAAUAUUUUCAAUGAAUCUAAUAAUAUUUUAUAGUAGUAAUAAUAUUGUAAGAUUUUACUGUUUUAUGCUCUUAUCAUUUUGAAACAAAUGUAUGUACAUUACAGAUAGUUCAAUUAUUAGUCAUAAGUGAUACAUGACAGCCAUAAUACGUAUAAGUGGUACGUGAAAAAGAAAGCUUGAGAUACUUUGAUCUGCAAUGAAUCAAAAUGAUAUCUAUAAGCAUAGAUAAAAUAUACUAGUAUACUAAUCUAUGAUUGUAGUUAGUAAAACAUAUUUACACAUUUUUUCCAUAAAUGUAUAGUCUAAAUCUAAAAUUUAGAUAAUGUGGGUAGUUAACAUUAAGAUUAACUACUUUUAUUUUAUCUACCUACUUAAUAUUUUAAAACUUAAAUGUAAAUAAUGUGUGGUGUCUAAAUAAAAAUACAGAUUCUCUAGUUUAAGCCAUGUCUAAAAUUUUAUAUUAUUAUAAUUUAUAGGAAUUGCAUGUUUUAUUUUUGAAGGCAAUUGUCAUAAAAUAAUUAAUAAAGUAUCACAUUUUUAAAAUCAUAUAGUUUUAUUUUAUGUUUUUGUAUAGAACUCAGCUAUUUUAAAUUAUUUAAAAAAAAUUAUAAUUAAUAAUGUACAAUGAAUGUUUUAAUUAAUUUCUAUUAAAAACUAUAUUUAUUUAAAAAUACUAGCAAAUUCUAUGGACAAGUAACUUAAUGGUGAAGGUGAAAAAAUCUUUGAUUGCUUGUACUGAAAAUUAUAAAAUUUAACAAUACUUAUUUUUAAAUUUAUUUUAGAUUAUAACAGAGUAUAUUUUUCUGGGUAUUUUAUUGAUUUGUAAUAUUUACAUCUAAAAAUUGUUAGUGGAACAACACAUUUCAAAUGAUUAUACUAAUAAAAUAUAGAUUAUUAAUUUAAAAGCAAAAUAUUGGUAGUUAUGUUUUUCAAUACUCGUUUAAUGAAAACUCAAGAAAUCUUUAAUUAUAUUUAAUAUUAAUUACAACAUUUAUUGAAGAAUUUGAAAAAGAGGAUAGUUAGUACAUAGAUCAUAAAUAUUGUUUUUCAUAAAAAAAAACCACAUUUUCUGCGAUAAAUAGUAGAUACAAUGAGAAUAUUUUGUUUAGUUGAUAAUAAUUUUAACAUACAACAAAAUCAUUUUCUGUUUUGUUUUAUUGUUUAGGACUUUGAAAAUAUUUGCAGUUUCAAUGCACAUUUAUCGCGGGUAAAAUUUAUUUCAUGUGUUUGUGCUUCUUCUUUGCAUGAACAAAAUCAAUGUUCUUUUUGUGUAUCUGUUUAAUUGAUUUGCAUGAUAUUACCAUAUUUAAAUGAAAUAAAUAUUGUAUGAAAUUAUAAUUUAACAUAUAAAUUUAAUUUAAAAACUUAUUAAUUUAUAUGACAAAUAUUAUAAAAAAAAUUACAAACCUUUAUUAAACGUAUUUAAAUUUAUUAGAAAUUGACCUUGGAUUAGUUUUAUUAUAUACAAUGGUUUAAUCUUAAAUAUUUUUUAAACUUCAAUUGUUUUUAUGUGAUCAUUUUAUUAUUAUACUUAAAUUUCAUUAAAUUACAUGUUUUAUUAUAAUUUGAUAUUUUGUUUUAAAAAUUAAUUUGAUGACAUUUUAUUCUGUUUGUUUGCCUUGGAUCUAAAAUUAACUCUAAAGUCAAAAAAUAUUUUUUAAUGCUUAAGCUUUGUGUAUUAUUCCAUGCUUAAACUAUAGUUAUUUUUAAGUAGAACAAUCAAAUGGCUGUUAUAUUUUUUAAAUUUUUGUGUUCAUAUUUAAAUGUAAGUACACAGAAUUAUAUACAAAUUAGUUGAGUUAAUACGAAUUUUAGCUUAUAAUUAUAAUCAUAUUUUUAGUUUCGGGGCAUAGUGAGGAAUGUAUUGGUUUUACAAUGAUGAUUAUAAUUUUUGUUUUAUAUAAUAUACUGUGUGUACAAACAUUUUAUCAGAAAUGUUACUCAGAUGUAUCAAGUUUAGCAUCUUUUCUGAAAGGGAAUUUUAUUUAGUUAGUACUUUAGAGAGGUCUUUUUUUGAUUUUCGUAGUGGUUUUCAUAAUAAUAAGGAAAAACAGAAAAAAAAAUUAUAAAUGUUGUUACACAUAUAAAAAAACUUCGCUUCAAAUUGUUUUUUGUUAGCAAUGGUUUAUCGUUGUGUACAAAUAUAAAUUAAAUUACCCUUUUAUAUCCUACCUUCCCAACUUCUCACAUACAACAGGAGUCCACCAAUCAUGCAAAGUAUGUCCGUAUUUUUUCUAUUUUACUUAUGCAAUUUUUAUAAUUUAAUUAUAAUGAAUAAUACACAUAUUUGAUAAAUUAUUAGAAUGUGAACUAAUGAGAUAAAAGCUGUCUACCAAUAACAAUUGAAAAAUAAUUUUUUUUUUUUUUAUUGACUUUAAGGUAGCAUUCACUUUACAGUUUUUUUUUAGAGAACUUGUUUUAUAUUAAGUGAAAAAAGUUUAUUUUUUUAAAUGUAUAGGAGGAUACGUAAUGAACUAUCGUAGUUAUUGAAUGACAAAGUUACUGUAUAUAAUAGAUAUUUAGUAAACUGUUUAAAAAAGUAUAGUUUUAUGACCUAAAAUAGUUAUUUUUUGAAGUUAGAUAAAAACAAAAUGUAUUUAUACUAAAAAUUGAAUAUUUUAUGAAAAUUCUGUGUACAUUCCAUGUUAAAAAGAAAAUAAGUAAUAAAUACCAUUUGUUAGUUCUUUUUAUGAUUAUUAUUAUUAUUAUUUUAUAAUUGUUUUAGGUGGCAGAAGAGGAAGUAGCAACAGCAACAGUGUAUUUGGAUUUAUUACUCCGUAGUGUUACACACCCUGGACUUCUACAAACUUUUGUCAAAUUUGUGUUAUGUGAAAGAUUUGAAAAAGUAAAAAUAAUUGAACUGCUCAUCAAUCGAAUAAAUAACCGAUCAUUUAAGGUAUUCUUAUUUUGUAUUAUUAUAAAUCUGUUAUAACUUUAUAUUAAUAUAUUAAUAUUAUUUGUGAAGGUUAAGGCUUAAUUAAAAAAUAUCUUAAAUACCAGUUUGUUUAUAUUUUUUUAUUACAUGUAAUAUGUACAUUUUAAAAAUAAAUAAUAAUAAAUACUAUGAGAGGUGGUAGCCUAGGUGUGGCUUUGAUAGUGGACAAAAUGAGAGAAAAUAGACUAAGAUGGUUUGGGCAUGUCAUGAGAAGUGAGAAAUCUGAAACAGUAGUAAUUACAAUGAAAAUGGAUCAAGUAUGAAGAAAGGAGAAAAGAGAACCAAAAAAGAGGUGGUUAGAUGUGAUUGAAAAUAAUAUGAGGACAAUGUAGGGUAUUAGGCUCAAGUGGUAAUUUAGGACAAGGAUGGCCGACCCCAAAUAGUUGGGAUAAAGGAGAAGAAGAAGAAGAAAUAAUAAUAAAGACUGAAUUUAUGUAAUUCCUUUUUUUACAUAUGCAUAUAUAUAUAUAUUAUCUUACGUAUUGACUGUUUAGUUAGUAAUUCCUAGUUUAUACUCUUUAGUUUUAACAUCUACAAUCAUCAAUUUUAAGAUAAUAUUUUUAAGGUUAAUAUGUAUUUUUCAUUUUAAUUUUAGGUUUGUAUUUCUACACUUGCUUUGAUGGAAACAGUUUUAGAUUUAAACUGUGAAGAUGUCAUGUUGGAACUGGUUCUUAAAUAUUUAGUUCCUUGCACACACAUCAUGCUUAGUCAACGUUCACGGAUUAAACAAGUAGAUUCAUAUUGUAAAUCAGCCGAUAUAUUUUUAUCUUUAAUACCAGACGUGUUUAAGUAAGUAAUACAAUUGAACUUUAAUUUUUUUGUUUAAUCCAUUUUUUUUGUUUAGGCACAGGAAUCUUGAUUCUCAAACAUUAUAUUCUGAAUAUCGAUGCUACCUAAAUUGUGCACGAAUUAAGAUAUCAGAAUGUGCUAUAGAAACAAAGCAUUGGACAUAUUUGUAUGAUGGAGAAAAUCCAUCUCAUACGAUUGGUAAUAAUAUUACAUUAUUUUUUGAUCAUUAUUAAUUUAUUGCAUAUUCCAGUGGUUUUCAACCUUUUUGGGUCCACGGCUCUUCUGAUUUUGAAAACCUCAUUAGCAAUUCUCUUACAUGAAUAAUAAAAAUAAUAAAAUUUAAAAUAUAUAAUUGACUGUGUUAUUGUACUGUAUUUACUUUAGAUGUGACUUCCUUAAUAAUAAACCACAAUGCCCCUGGGAGCCGUGACGCACAGGUUGAAAACCACUGGUAUAUUCAAUGGGCAUAUGCUACUUUACAAAUAAUAUAAUGGUACAACAUUAUUCCUCAUUCCACUUAGAAUUUAAAAGCUGAUCUGGGGGAAAUAUUAACCAAAACAAAAGCUCUUUAAAAAUAUUUGGUAAUAUAAUUAGGAAUUACAAAUAAAUUGUUCGUUGUGUUUCUAUAUGGACAGCUAGAAAAUCCCAGAAGAUAAUCAUGUAAAUUUACGGACAAGAAAACCGGUGACUGUAGAAAUCCGGAAUAUGAAACACUGUAAAUUUCCGGACUAUAAUUGGCUGGAAAAAUAAAUGCCCUGACCAGAAUAUUUCAGACUAAAAAUUUGAAACAUAAAUGCUUAAACCAGAAAAUACUGCACUAUAAUAACUCUGAAUACAAAAAUACGCACAUUGUAAUGUUCUGGACAAGAAUUUCGGAAUUUAACAAAAAAACACUGAUAGAUGGCGAUGUUUCACAUACACAGUACAAACAGAAUAAACAAAUUAAGAUUAAAAGAAGGGUCAUAAUUUUAUGGCUGUUUUCACAAAUGGAUAGACAUGCUCAAUCCCGGUGUUAUGAUUAUCAGUAUUAAUAGUGUUUUGAAAUUCUGGAUUAUUCUUGUGAGUGACAUUCCGAAAAUUUCUUGUCUAGGAUAUUACAGUCUGUAAGAUUAUAUAAUUCCUAUGAUCAUAAUUCCUGGUUUAUUGUACACAUAAUAGAAAUUAUUUUGAUUUUAUUUUUCUAUCAAAAAUCUUAGUUUGAAUUUCAAGAGAAGCAUAAGUAGGUUUUUGUUGACUUUCAUUGUCGUUUCUUAAUAAUUAUGGGAAAACAGGAAAGUUCAAUAGAAAUAAUGAUUUCAUUAUUUUAGACUUCUUUUUUUAUUGUAAUUUGAAUACAAUUAUUUUGUAUGUAUACCUAUUUUACCAAUAUUAUUAAGAUUAAAUGAUUAAACAAAUUUUGAUUUUUCACUUUUAUUGUUUAUUUGUAUUUUUAGUUGAAAUUAAAACACAUGAAGUAGAGAAUGAUCAAAGCAGUAUCUUAUCAGCUGAUGAUAGUUCAAGUGGAUAUGAAAGUUUCAAACCUAUAAAAGACAUUGAGAAGUAAAUUGUUCAAAAUAUCUUACUCAAGUAGCAGAUUUUUAGUUGUUAAUUUUUUUUUGUUUUUUAGAAUGCUUGGAACUGAUGAUAUUAGACCCAAUCUAACUGAUGAAAUGGUAUCAAACACAUCAUCACCAUGUGGAAGUGAUUCACCUACAUGCUUUAUAAGACAAUCCACAUUAAAAACAAAAGAACAAUUUACACAUUAUCCUUGUUUAGGUAAGAUUUAUUAAGUAUAUUUCAAUCAUAAGAGUUGUUUAAUUUUACUUAAAUUCAUUUUUAGGUCCAUUUCUUGAGGCAUUAUUUUCAAAACUAGAAAAUAUGCCUGAACAAGAUUUUCGAAUAAAUUUACGUUUAACUGCUGUGAUAACUCGUCUGUCCAUGUACAACAAACCUUUGAUUCAAUCGUUAUUACUCAAUCAUUCUAUGAUUUUUCAGCCAUGUAUACGUUCUUUGUUUCAAGUAAGUACUUAUAACUUCAUAUUAUACACAUAUGGUUUUUAACGAAUAUACCAUUUUAAACAUUUCUAAAAUAUUUUUAUUUUUAUUUUAUUCUAGAUAUUGCGUUCUUUAAAACAAGCUAUAGAAUCUAAAUUAAAUGGACGCAUGGACAAGAUUAAAGAAGCAGAAACAUUUUUAAUUGAACGAGAAAAUAAACUAAGUAAUACUCAAACUCAAAGUCAUCGAUCAUCUGGUGGGAAAAAUCCUGAGCCAUUUACAAGAGGUAAUGAAUUAUGAAAAUCUUUCAUUGUUGAGAUUUAAAUUUUAUAUUGUAUAAUAUAUUAUCAUAAUUGGGUUCUAGGGGAAACUAAACGGCGUAGUUUAUCUAUUGCUUUUGGAGCAAUGUUCAGGAGAAAUACUGGUCAAAAAGAAGCUGUACUUGAAUCCACAAGUAAUGGAUACAGGUAUAGAUAAUGUUGUAUUACGAUAAAUUUUUUUAUAAAAUUUCGAUUCAAGUUUAAGUUUGUAAAUCAAUUUAAUGUAGGUACUAUAAAGAAAAUGAAAUUGAAUCUCUAGACCUGCCAAUAAAUGCUAUAAUUCUAACAGAAUGGCUUAAGGAAUUGUCAGCCAUUUGUCAAGAACAUGCAAUUAGCUAG